CCGACCUCCGCCUGCUGACCCAUGUAUUUUUUGAACCAUGGGCGUAGACAAUGUCCAAGCCGAUGCGCUAUAUAUACCUGCCUCAGCCUGCCUUUCCUCUUCACCCAAACACCAGACCACAUCAAGCUUUGAGAAGCUUACAGCAAUCGACCCGUAGCCCCCGAUGGCUUCCCCCCGGAUGCUUCUUGCAGUUCUUGUCAUCGUCGCCGCUGCCGCCAUGCCUCAAUCUUCUAUGGCGGCAAACCAUACUGUCGGCGAAGCCAGUGGCUGGCACCCGGACUUCAACUACACCGCCUGGACCGACGGCAAGAUGUUCAUGGUCGGCGACAACCUCGUGUUCAACUACAAACAAGGGGCUCACAAUGUCAUGCAAGUGGGAGGAGCAGACUACAAGGCAUGCAACACAUCAGCAGCGACGAUCAACACAUUUACCAGUGGCGGUGAUGUGGUGCCUCUCAACGCCACAGGAAAGAGCUGGUACAUCUGUGGGUUCGGAGAUCACUGCAGCAGGGGCCAGAAGCUUGUCGUCAACGUUAUGUCGGGGUCCGUGAGCCCUGCUCCGCCUCCUUCCUCGUCGUCGAUCUCGCGGAACGUAGUCGCUUCGUACGCGUACCAGAUCAUGGUAGCGGCGGUGGCACUGACCACGGCGAUGAUCUUUGCCCGUUGAAGACCUUAUUCGCUUUCAGUGUGCUGCACUACGGUGCGUGUUUGCCUUCGUAUGCUGCAUUUCUGCUU